AUGGCAUCCUCAAGUAGUCAGGAUCGGGCAAUUGACGACAUGUACUCUGAGUUACAUCUUGAGGAGACACAAGGAGCGUUUGUUUUCGAUGAUGAAUCACCGCCGCAAGAAGAUGAGUUUGUGCACCCUGUGGAUUUAGAACAUGUGAUUAAAGGCAGUCCUUGGAGUUUUCAACAAAAUCUAUUGGUUUUGAAACAACUACCACAAGGAGUGAACCCUAGACAUGUUGAAUUAAUGAGGGUGGAAUUUUGGAUUCAGGUUCACAAUUUACCAUCAGGUUUUAUGUCAGAACGGGUUGCUAAGGAAUUGGUCAAUUACAAUGGCAAUUAUGUUGAAGCAGAUCCGAGGAAUUUCACUGCACUUUGGAGAGACUAUAUGCGCAUAAGGGUGUGUCUUGACAUUAAUAAGCCUUUAAAGCGCCGUACGCAGAUUAAGAAACCUGGCGGAGAGUGGAGUUGGGUUAAUUUUAAAUAUGAGCGUUUAUCGAUGUUUUGUUAUUUUUGUGGGAUGUUAGGCCAUUCGGAUCGUUUUUGUGCUAAGCUUAUUGAUCACCCAGGAAUAAAGAGAGACCAGUUUGCUUAUGGUUCGUUCAUGAAGGCUGAGUCUCUACGUGUUACAAAUAUAGGUGAGAGGUGGCUUCUUUCUGAAUCGGAUUUCCUUGCUAGUGGUCGUAGCGGUGGUGAUGAUGCUCCAAUUCCGAUGGAUUCUGAUUCUCCUACAUUAUCGGGAUUUGUUCCUAUUCUGAAAGAUGGAAAUCCUGAAAGUUUAGUGGUAUCUAAAACUGGCAUGGUGCAAGCUUCCGUGCAUGGGAAGGAACUUCAAAACUCUACUAAUGAUGCUGCUGGCGUGAUAGUGGGGGAGCCAAAACGUCGAUGUACAAAAAAUAUGGAGCUGAAUCCUGCAGUGGAAGAGGAUGAUGGUAUUGGGUCAAAAAACUUAAUAGAGGCCGGUUCUGAUUCCCAGGCCCGGCUGGCCCAAUGA